AUGGCUGAGGAUCGUGCAAAUGGAAACAGGUGUUGCCUGAUAUGCAAAAUAGUGCAUCGCAUUCGCCUGACCGACCGUACCGCGUAUGAGCCGAGCGCUCUCGCAAUUGGUCCUUAUCACCAUGCAGAUCCACCACUUCAAGCUAUGGAAAUGGAGAAGUGGAUAUGUCUACACUACAUUCUUGAUUUGAAUCGCGAUGUUAGGUUGCGUGACUACCUGAGCUUGAUUUCUGGACUAGAGAACGAAGCAAGAUGCUAUUACACCGAGGAGAUAAGCAUGGAUAGUAGAGAGUUCCUGCAGAUGCUUCUGCUAGAUAGCUGCUUUAUUCUGGUGUACCUUGGUCGUAUCAAUGCACAAGGAGCUUCUGUUGGUGGUGAACAAUUGAAAGAAAACAGAGCAUACGAAAGAAAGAAGGAACCAACGGAGUUGAGCCAGAUCAAUACAGCCUGCUGCCCAAGUGUUAGUGGGCACUCAGCGGUGGACAUAGAACUAAAUCAAUUUGUUAAAGAUCCUGAGGGUAGCCCUGACCAGGGGAUUUGCAGCAGUACUGUGGAAUGGUAUAACAGUUCUGCUGUCUAUGAUCUACUUUUGCUGGAGAACCAAAUUCCCUUCUUCAUUGUCAAGACAAUUUAUCUGUUCUUCUCAUGCAAUGUAACAACUACUUCGUUACUUACCGACAGCAUUUCAGAAUUCAUGGAAGGCAUUCUUUACCACUUCCCUAAAGUACUAACUGAGGCAAAUAGGCCAAAAGAUUUCUACCAUCUGCUUCACCUGUGUCAUAAGUACCUGAAACCUAGUCACAAUCUGGAGGAUGACCAUCAUAGAUAUGCUGCAAAUUUUCACUGCUUGCACUUCAUAUUUGACAUCAGCCGGAAGAUCUUCACUUUUGGACGGGUGCAAGGAAUGUCCCAUGACCAAAACAUGUUCCAUGAGCUAGAUUGGUCGAAUUCAGUACAGAAAUUUAAUCGGUGGCUUAGAGCAGUGGACUAUCAUGAAGCAGGAAUGCAGUUCAAAAAGCGGGAGUUUGACGAAGCCAAACCUCAUUCCCUGUUGGACAUUAGAUUCAGAAACGGUCUCAUGGAAAUACCAUGCUUGCCAAUAGAUGACAAGUCUUCUUUGCUUUUCAGAAACCUUGUAGCUUUUGAGCAAACCUGUCCUCAAGUUGGGGAUGAUAUCACUGCAUAUGUUGUGCUUCUGUCCCAGCUUACUAGUACGGCAGCUGAUGUUACUCUUCUUUCUCAGAAAGGGAUUAUAGUGCACCAGAUGGAAAGUGACGAGGAUGUAUCGACUCUUUUCACAAAGCUUUUUGAGUAUGUAGUAUUUAACUUCAAUGGUGAACACUACCUAAAGUCCCUAUGUUAUGCCAUGGAAGCACACUACCAAAGUCGUAUUAAUAGGUGGAUGGCAUGGCUGUGGCACAAUCACUUCAGCAAUCCCUGGGUAGGUUUUGCCGCGAUAGCUUCUGCUUUUAUAGUUGUAUGCAGCAUUAUGCAAACUGUUCUUGCUUUCUUGUCAUACAUGGAAUGA